AGCAGUAGGCCCCGUUACUGGAACAAGCGGGUACUGGCAUACGGGAACCAAAUAUCAGCGUAACAAUGGCAUCUGACCAUCAAUCUCCUGCCACUAAACAACAGCAAGCUAGCUCAAAGGUUGUCCUCUUUGAGCAAGAAAACUUCCAAGGCCGCUGCCAUGAACUCAGUGGACCCUGUACCAGCCUAAAAGAGGCCGGUAUGGAGAAAAUUGGUUCUAUCCUUGUACACUCUGGACCCUGGGUAGGAUAUGAACAACAAAACUGCAAGGGAGAACAAUUUGUCUUUGAGAAGGGGGAAUACCCUCGCUGGGACUCCUGGACUAACAGCCGAAAGAGCGACAGCAUCUCCUCCUUGAGACCAAUCAAAGUGGAUAGUCAGGAACAUAAGAUUGUCCUUUAUGAAAACCCAAACUUUACCGGGAAGAAGAUAGAAAUAAUUGAUGAUGAUGUACCAAGUUUCCAUGCUCACGGCUAUCAGGAAAAAGUAUCUUCAGUGAAAGUACAAAGUGGAACGUGGGUUGGCUAUCAAUACCCAGGUUACAGAGGAUACCAGUACCUGUUUGAGAAGGGGGAUUAUAAGGACAGCUCAGAUUUUGGCGCCCAGCACCCCCAGAUCCAGUCUGUGAGGCGCAUUCGUGAUAUGCAGUGGCACCAGAGGGGAACCUUCCACCCUACCAACUAAAAGAAACACUUCCUCUUUCUCUUGUGCCACUGCAGAGAAAGAUACCGAAAGGCUUAUACCUGAUCUGCUGCUGUUUUUCCUGCGGCAUGGUUAUCCCGCAUGCCACUGUGUGACUAAACUUGCUGAAGCAACUUAAUAAAAGCUUUGAGUUUAAAACUC